AUGGUUUGCAAAGCUCUCCCAGUCUCUCCUUUCCAGAGGUUACUCCCUUGCAAGAAUGACUCCUCUUUAUUCACCAAAAUCACUGCCUCCUCCAUUAUUAUUUUGGUAGUGUAUGUGGAUGAUAUACUUUUAGCUGGUGAUAAUGGUCAAGAAAUUGCAGAUUUGAAAGCCUUUUUAGAUCAAAAAUUCAGAAUCAAAUAUCUUGGUUCUGUUCAUUAUUUCCUUGGCCUUGAGGUCUCUUUGGUAGAAGGUGGUUAUGUAGUACAUCAACACAAGUACACAAAGGAUAUCCUAUCUGAAUUUCACUAUCAAGAUGCCAAGCCUGUUACUACUCCUCCUGAUCCCCAAAACAAGCUCCAUAUUGAUUCUGGUGAUCCCAUUUCUGAUCCUUCUAUCUAUAGAUUGUUGAUUGGCAAGUUGAACUUCUUGCAGCACACAAGGCCUGACAUCUCUUUCUCUGUUCAACAUUUGAGCCAGUUUCUGGUAUCUCCUAAAGUUCCUCAUAUGUUAGUUGCACUACAUGUUCUCAGAUACCUUGCUAAUGACCCUGCUCAGGGUAUUUUACUCAGCAGCUCUUCUAAUUUCACCCUUAAUGCUAACUCUGAUUCCGACUGUGUUGCCUGCCCUAUCUCAAGGAGACCUAUUACUGGAUAUUAUAUUCUUCUUGGUGAUUCUCCUGUUUCUUGGAAGUCCAAGAAACAACCUACUGUUUCCUUAAGCUCUGCUGAAGCAGAAUAUAGAGCUUUGAGACAGGUGGUUGCUGAGGUUUCCUGGCUGCUUAGGCUUCUUGCUGAUAUAGGUUUGUCUAUUACUUCUCAUGUUUCUAUUUUUGUGAUAGUCAAGCUGCUGUACAUAUUGCCAGAAAUCCCGUUCUCCAUGAGCGCACCAAACAUAUUGAAGUGGAUUGUCAUUAUGUUAGGAAUGUUCUUUCUUCUAGGGUGA